UACAUCAAUUGGCGGAGCUUUGGACAUAUCAAUGUCCAUUCUUCGGAAAGAAUAUUAAAAAUAUCCUUCUCACUAACUCUCUACCAAAAUUAUCGGUGAUAGAUGAAGAUGAUUAAAUAAAUCUAAUCAGUAGAAAAUCGUUUGACCCAGAGCCCUAAAUAAUUGAGCACAGACAAUGAAGGUAACGAACGCUCAUAUCAUAUUAGAACAAUUAUUUUGGACCGUUUAAAAUAAAAACGGUAUUGAUAAUUUCGACACUUUAAUUUGGUCUUCAAACUUUAUCACAUCAAUUUUCGCGUCCACUAUUCCCAAAUUCUACUAUAAAAGCGGAAAUAGGUUUCAGGUAAUAUCAGUUAAGUCUUCACAUUCCGAAAGACAUCAUGGGACUUCCCAACACAUUUCUACACAUUCUAUGUCUGCUCAUAGCCAUAUCUGCUUUAAAUAGAUACGAUGGAGUGAAUGCAGAGGGUGAACAACGGAAUCUGAAUCCUGAAGAUGCAGCACCACCAGGUUUUCCAUUUCCACCGAAAGGACUGAAUAUUCACCAACUGACACCAACUGUGGGGAAUGACGUCACAAAGAGACUCUUCAUUCACAACAAUGGCAAAGCAUCCAAGAAGGAAAAGAAGGAGAAAAAAGACACUGAGAAGGAAAUCAGCAAGCAGACAGGAUAUCCUUCAAAGCCAACCAUGGGUCUAUUCACUCACAACAAUGGUAAAGCUUCCAAGAAGGACAAAAAGGAGAAAAAGGACACUGAUAAGGAAAUCAGCAAGCAGACAGGAAGUCCCUCAAAGCCAACCAUGGGUCUAUUCACCCACAACAAUGGCAAAGCAAUGAAGAAGGAGAAAAAGGAAAAGAAGGACACUGAGAAGGAAAUCAGCAUGCAGACAGGAAGUCCCUCAAAGCCAACCAUGGGCCUAUUCACCCACAAUAAUGGCAAAGCAUCAAAGAAGGAGAAAAAGGAAAAGAAGGACACUGAGAAGGAAAUCAGCAUGCAGACAGGAAGUCCCUCAAAGCCAACCAUGGGCCUAUUCACCCACAACAAUGGCAAAGCAUCUCUUUUCUCAUGCCUCUGCCCCGCAGAGUGGUUUCACUACUCCAAAAUUCCCUACUAUGCCUCCAAAAAUUCCCAUGCCGCCCAAUAGUUUUUUCCCAUUUAAGAAACAGAAUUUGAGAAACCCUAGAUCUCUGCUCAUGGCUGCAUCCCGUUCUCAAAUUUCAAAGCCUGGUAUGAAGAGAGAGAGUAAAAUAGAGGCUGAUGUUCCCCCACCAUCACACAAAAUCUAGCAUAUAUGACUUCGUCCCUCCGAUUUCUAUAUGGCAGCUAGCUUGGGAACUCAUGGAACUGGUCAUCAAAUUUCUCAUGUGAUUCAUCAGAAUACUGGAACAAUCAUAUCUUCUGAUAAUGUUAUUCUUGUUAUGAAUGAACGGGGCAUCUUGAAAAUAAAUCAGAAAUACCUAUUUAAAAUAAUUUUUUCAGAAAUUUCCUUAUUGAUGAGAAUCAAUAAUGAAAUCGACUCUGCAUACAGUGAAUUCAUAUAAUUUCUAUGUAUGUUCAUGUUUCAGUUCUUUUGUCGAAAUACAAUAUUCAUGUUGAAUAAAAUCUUUGAAGAAAUA